AUGAUUUCUCCAAAGAAGUUAGGUCAUUCAGCAUUGUUGACAUGUCAGGUUGCUGAAGAAGUAAAUUUUGCUGCUAAUGGAAUAACUGCUGAAGGAAUUAAAGCUUUUGAUGGUAUUUUACAAUCAAACAUUACUCUAAAGGUUCUUAACUUAUCAGGAAACAGUAUUGGGGAUGAAGGAGCUAAGGUUUUAUGUGAUAUACUGGUGGAUAAUAGUGGUAUUCAGAAGCUCCAGCUAAAUAGUACUAAUAUAGGUGAUGAGGGAGCAAAGGCCAUUGCUGAGUUGCUAAAGAAGAACUCAACCUUGAGGACAAUUGACCUCAACAACAAUUUGAUUGAUUAUUCUGGAUUCUCAGGUCUUGCUAAAGCACUUCUUGAAAAUAAAUCGUUGAAUAGUUUAUAUCUAAAAGGACCCCAACCGGAUGAAGCAACCUCAGGGCCCUUUUGUCCACCUGACUGA